AUGAUCCGAGGUGCGGUACAUCUUCGACCUCAGCAUACAUUUUGUAUCAGCGAGCUGUGUAAGGAGAAACGACACCGCCUUACCGAGGAGCGUUCUGUCAUAGCUCGUCUAUACAUGCUAUGCCAGGGAAUACUUCCCAUCAGCCCCAAGAAUCUGUAUUGUCGUUUUUGCGAAACUCGCUAUUAUCAUAACUAUCGCGUUGAAAAGUACCAUGACACCGAAACCAAUAGAGAUGGUACUCGACGCAUUUAUGAAGACUACAUGGCGUCUGAUAUAUAUCAAAUUACUCAGAGUCAAUGGGUACACCGAGAGCUUAUGGACUUCUUCCAGGCCCAGAUGGCGUUCUCCCAUGCAUCUGCGGAGAGUAUCUGCCGCAUCUAUAAUGCUGCGCUGGCGCAUCCGACAGGAGUUGGCAUUUCAGGUGGACGCCUGAAGGACGAAAUGGGUGCACGGCUUGUCUACGAUGCCUUCUUUACUCUUUCCUGCUGGCAUUCUCUCAACGAACGUGGAUUUCCUUUCGUCACGCCUAACCAUGAUGAUUUACAUGCAAGACUGCUGCCCCCGCUCCGCCUCCAAAACCAUCUAAUGCGCGGAACUGGUCAAGAAAUGUGGGCGCACAGAUGCAAGGGAUGCAUGAAGAUGACCCGCAUAGAUGGUGUUGCUCGAUUUAGUACGGCUGGAGUCACCGACGGUGUGACUAUUGGUCAUAACCGAUGUACCAUUGAGGGUGUCUGUAUGAAACCACUCCAGAAUUCACAGAGUCAGUUCUGUGAAGAGCACAGCUACAAAGGGGAAGAAUGUUUCAUUUUAGAUUGUUGCACCCGUCGCCUUCAUAGAUGCAUGUCCUGUGGGAAUCCAGACCACAUGGCUGCCGAGGAGGCAUUGCCACAAAACACGAGGAAGUCCAUUAUGGAAAACUUACGCCAUUUCGAGCAUGCAGCUGGAGUCGCCUCCUCUUCUGCUGAUGAUGAAUCUCCCCAUCUCCAUACUAAGAAAUACGUGGCACGCAAAGUGACACAUAAUGAUCAGCUCGUGGUGUAUGCCUGUGGUAUUAUUGCAGCCCGCACUACUAUGUAUAACUCAGAAGGUAUUGUGGAAGUCAAAAAUUUCCUGAAAAGUGUUUUCCCUGCAGAGUAUCCUGGUGCAAUGCCGUCUUUCUUGUUCUAUGACAACAACUGUCAACUUCUCCAACAUUUGACUGCCACUGGAGAUCUACAUUUUGCUCGAUGUGGUCUUCCUGUAGAUGUGUUUCAUUUUCGCAAACAUAAAGACAGCGAUUCAUUCUGCGCGCUAUACUGCAAUCCCGCAAAAUUUCCAGAGCUCCUUUCUCACGACGGCCAUGAUUAUGUAUUCAACUCUUCAGUUGCAGAGCAGGUCAAUCGAUGGUAUGGUAGAUUUCAAGCCAUAACGAGAGAGAUGUCAGCAGAUCGGUACAAUUUCUACCUGGACGAAAUGAUAGCUAUUCGCAACCAGUGGCUCGUCCAACAACUGCGUUUGAAAGGGUGGUGCCCUUUGAUUUUACCCAUGGAUAUUUUACUCGGCAGAGAUUAA